GUGUGAGCUGCCAGGAACAACCUUUCUGAAGAAACUGAAGUUUGGGCAACCGAGAUAAAAGUCCCAGUUGAGUGGAAAUGUGGCAAUACAACUGGGAAACUUCGGCAGAACCACAGAAGUGGUGGCUCUGUCUCUGUGAGCCGAGGCUCUGAGAAGAAAGGAGAUCUCCCUCACUGAAGUCAACACACAGCGCUCAGCGUCAAUCGUCGGGCGAUGGAUUCUCAUCCAGGACUCACUUCGGGGGCUCGUUCCGGGUUCGAAGGUAACCUGGAGAAAUUCCGUGAAGGGAAGCCAGUUCCUCUGGGGGCUGUCCAGAUUGUGACCGGAAUAAUACUCCUCAUUUCUGGAAUAGCUUUUGGAAAUUAUGCUUGGGGCUAUCCAUUCUGGGGAAUGGCAUUUUACAUCGCUUCUGGUUCUGUCACCAUUUCAGCAUCAAAGAAGCUCACAAGAGACUUGGUGAGAAGCAGCAUGAUACUAAACAUUAUUUCUGCUAUCAUUGCCUUUCUGGGAUUUAUUGGGAUCUGCCUAGCUUUGUCUGUGAUUAGUAUUUUACGAGAAAGGACUUAUGAUAAAGAUGUGAAAUACUACUUGUCAGUUUUUUUGGGAAUCGUGAGUGUGAUGCUGGUCAUUACUAUAGUGGACUUCUGCAUUUCUAUAUAUUUGGCCGUCUUUGGAUACAAAGCAAUUCACUGAGUCUCUUGAAGGGAGACAACUUUCCCGUGCCCAGAAGUGGCUUCCGUAGCUUCCUGCAAUCCCGGAUAGACGCCUCACACCUUGCCAAGUGUCCCAUGCUUUUAAAAUAUCCUUUGCCCCUGCAUCUUUGUUGUGAGCAACGGGGGCCAGAAGACGCGAGAUGGCCCUGCCCGCUAAGCGUUCGAAGAAGGAGGUUCCCUCCAUCCCGGGAAGAGGCGUCCGGUGGAGAUGAGGUGAUGGAGAAGCCGUCGUCCGCCUCUCCUCAACUUCCCACCGGCCCCAGGACGGAGCGGGGCUUCCUUCUCCAGCUCUCCUUGUCACUGCUCCCGCUUUCUAAAGUUUUUCUCUCCUGGCUCUCCCGCCUGCUUCCCUUCCCAGCUGCAGGCACGAGUCGUGUAUCUGCCUAAACCCCGCUGAGCUGAUUUCUCCCCUUUGGGUCGGAAAACGCAGAUUGCUUGGGCAUCACGUGGCUCAGUGGAAAGA